AUGUGUGUCACGUCUGAAGAGAAGAAGGCACUGCACAGGGUGGUGAAAGCUGCUCAGAAGAUUGUGAGAAGCAGCUUUCCCACCACCACGGACAUCUUCAUCAGCAGAUUUUACAAUGAUGGAACCACCAAGGUGUUGAUGAGUCUAACAGGAACCAUUCCGAUCUUUUUUAAAGAUGUGCGCUACACCAUUCCCGUGUGUGUGUGGCUGAAGGAAAGCUACCCUCAGUCAGCCCCCAUCUGCUACGUCAGACCCACGAGUGAGAUGAUGAUCCUGCAAGGACGCUACGUGUCCAGCAAUGGAGAGGUCCUGCUUCCCUACCUGCAGGACUGGAAGCAGGGGGAGUGUGACCUGGUCAGCCUCCUACAAGUGAUGACUGCCACGUUUGGAGACCAUCCUCCUAUUUGUAUGCAACCUCCCCCACAGCCUGAACAAGCCUCAUGUUGGCUGCAGUUCCACAGGCAAACACAAGUGCUUCACAAGCCGGACGGUCGUUUAUAUUUGUCUUUAUGCACAGAAGACGGUCAGCAUGUCGUACAAGAGAACGAAACCAACUGUUAA